AUGCCUUUCGCCAAACGGAUCGUGGAGCCGCAGUGGCUCUGCCGGCAGAAGCGCCCGGCCCCCGGCCCCGAGGAGGACGCGCCCGGAGGAGACAGCGCUGAGCCGCCGCCGCCGCCCCUGCAGCCGCCGGGCCGACGGGACGAGGCCGUGGCGCCGGGACCAGAGGAGCCUCUCUGCGCGCCCCCUACGCCGCCGCCGCCCGCGCCCGCCGACUCGCCACCGCCCGAAGACGCGCCCGCCGAGGGCGACGAGAGCGCGGCGGGGCUCCCGGAGGCCGGCGAGGCGACCCCGGCGGCGGCGGCGGCCGUGCUGCUCAUGCUGGACCUGUGCGCGGUCAGCAACGCCGCGCUGGCCCGCGUGCUCCGGCAGCUCUCGGACGUGGCCCGGCACGCGUGCAGCCUGUUCCAGGAGCUCGAGAGCGACAUCCAGCUCACCCACCGUCGCGUCUGGGCGCUGCAGGGCAAGCUGGGCGGCGUGCAGCGCGUCCUGGGCACGCUGGACCCCAAGCAGGAGACAGUGCCCGUCUCCAACCUGGAUGUAGAGAGCAAGCUGAGUGUGUACUACCGCGCACCAUGGCACCAGCAGAGAAACAUCUUUCUCCCAGCCACCAGGCCGCCCUGUGUGGAGGAGCUGCACCGCCAUGCCCGUCAGAGCCUGCAGGCCCUGCGCAGAGAACACCGGAGCCGGAGUGACCGCCGGGAGCAGAGAGCUGCUGCCCCUAUAUCCGUAGCGGCCCCUCCACUGCCGGCCUAUCCCCCAGCUCACAGCCAGAGGAGGAGAGAAGUUAAGGACCGUCACUUCCUAACGUUUAACAACACCCGCUCGCCCUCUCCCAUUGAGUGUUGCCACAUGACCCCAUGGAGUAGAAAGUCCCAUCCCCUGGAGGAUGAAGACCCAGAUGUCAUGUUAGGGCAGAGGCCCAAGAACCCAGUUCACAAUAUUCCCUCAACACUGGACAAGCAGACCAACUGGAGCAAAGCUCUACCUCUCCCAACACCAGAGGAGAAGAUGAAACAGGAAGCCCAAGUGAUUUCUUCUUGCAUUAUUCCCAUCAAUGUCACUGGAGUUGGCUUUGACAGAGAGGCCAGUAUACGCUGCUCUCUUGUUCAUUCACAAUCCGUACUACAGCGCAGACGAAAACUGAGGAGGAGGAAAACCAUCUCUGGUAUCCCCAGAAGAGUCCAACAAGAAAUAGAUUCUGAUGAGUCACCAGUGGCCAGAGAAAGGAACGUGAUUGUGCACACAAAUCCAGACCCUUCUAACACUGCCAAUAGGAGGUCUGGAACCCGAGACUCGGAGUGCCAAACUGAGGAUAUUCUGAUUGCGGCUCCAUCAAGAAGGAGAAUCCGAGCACAGAGGGGUCAGAGCAUUGCAGCUUCCCUUUCACACUCGGCUGGCAACAUUUCUGCGUUGGCAGAUAAAGGCGACACCAUGUUUACCCCCGCAGUGAACAGCCGCACCAGAUCUCGGAGUCUGCCACGGGAGGGCAACAGAGGUGGUGAUGCUGAGCCCAAAGGUAGCACUAAGCCGUCCUCAUAUGAAGAGGGAGAGCCGUUCGCUGGCAACCGAGAGCGAAAUCCCAAUGAUGGCAGUGAGGCCACAAGCAGCCCCGCUACACAAGAACACCAGCCUGCGCUGAGCCUGGCCUGUUCACAGCAUCUGCACAGCCCCCAGCACAAGUUAAGUGAAAGAGGAAGGUCCCGUCUGUCCCGAAUGGCUGCUGACUCAGGCAGCUGCGACAUCUCUUCCAACUCGGACACCUUCGGGAGCCCCAUUCACUGCAUCUCCACAGCUGGCGUCCUCCUCAGCAGCCACAUGGACCAGAAAGAUGACCACCAGUCAUCCAGUGGCAACUGGAGUGGAAGUAGCUCCACCUGCCCUUCACAGACAUCAGAGACCAUCCUGCCUGCUGCUUCCCCUCCCCUCACUGGCUCUUCCCACUGCGACUCUGAGUUGUCAUUAAACACCACCCCUCAUGCCAAUGAAGAUGCCAGUGUCUUCAUGAUGGAGCAGUACCACGACCACCUGGAGAAAGGGCGAGGCCACCGGGCAAACUCCUUUACCUCUACUGUGGCUGACCUGUUGGACGACCCCAACAACAGCAACACCAGUGACAGUGAAUGGAACUACCUUCACCAUCAUCAUGAUGCCUCCUGCCGCCAGGAUUUCAGUCCCGAGCGCCCCAAGGCAGACAGCCUGGGCUGCCCAAGCUUCACAAGCAUGGCCACUUAUGACAGCUUCCUGGAGAAGUCACCAUCAGACAAGGCUGACACUAGCUCUCACUUUUCAGUAGACACGGAGGGAUACUACACUUCCAUGCAUUUUGACUGUGGCCUCAAAGGUAGUAAGAGCUAUGUUUGUCACUAUGCAGCUUUGGGCCCAGAGAAUGGCCAAGGGAUUGGGGUUCCUUCUGGCCUUCCAGACUGUGCCUGGCAGGACUACUUAGACCACAGGAGGCAGGGGAGACCUAGCAUCUCUUUCAGGAAACCAAAGGCCAAGCCAACCCCACCUAAACGUAGUUCAUCGCUGAGGAAGUCGGAUGGAAACACAGACAUGUCUGAGAAGAAAGAACCAAAGAUAAGCAGUGGCCAGCUUCUGCCUCACAAUUCCAGGGAAAUGAAGCUGCCCCUUGACUUCUCCAAUGCGCCUUCCCGAGUGGAGACUGCCAAUCUUCCCGCCAAGCAGGAGUCUUCGUGGGUGAACCAGAAUGAACACGCUCUUAAGGAACCUCAGUUGGAUACAUCCGAUAUUCCAUCAUUCAAAGACGAAGGUGCUGAUUCAACUCACUAUGCGGACCUCUGGCUUCUAAAUGACUUGAAAACAAAUGAUCCUUACAGAUCGUUAUCUAAUUCUAGCACUGCUACGGGCACUACAGUUAUUGAAUGCAUCAAAUCUCCAGAGAGCUCGGAAUCCCAAACGUCCCAGUCGGAAUCAAGAGCCACCACUCCAUCCCUUCCUUCUGUUGACAAUGAGUUUAAACUGGCUUCACCGGAAAAACUGGCUGGCUUGGCAUCACCAUCCAGUGGCUACUCAAGUCAGUCAGAAACACCCACCUCCUCUUUCCCAACAGCGUUCUUUUCGGGCCCCUUGUCUCCUGGAGGCAGCAAAAGGAAACCGAAAGUCCCAGAAAGGAAAUCCUCGCUCCAGCAACCUUCUCUGAAAGAUGGAGCUUUAUCACUGAGUAAGGAUCUUGAACUUCCAAUAAUACCUCCUACCCAUCUUGACCUAAGUGCUCUUCAUAAUGUCUUGAAUAAACCAUUCCAUCACCGUCACCCAUUGCAUGUUUUCAGUCAUAAUAAGCAGAACACAAUAGGAGAAACACUAAGGUCGAAUCCUCCUCCAUCCCUUGCAAUUACACCAACAGUCCUAAGAUCUGUGAACCUUAGAUCCAUCAGUAAAUCUGAAGAAGUGAAGCCAAAAGAAGGCAGCAGCCCAGAUCUCCCCUACUUAAAGGAAAGUGCUCUCACAAUGACUGCUCUGUCUCCGAGUAAGAUCAGGCCGCAUGUGGGUAAUAAAUCAUUAUCACGUCAGUUCUCCACUGAAGACACCCUACUCUCCUUGUUAGACUCCUCUGCAGGGGAGAUGGGGCCAGAUAAACUACAGUUAGAAAAAAAGCGCAUGUUUGAUGUGAAGAAUCCUUGUGAUCCAGAAACGGUAGCUGGCAGCAAUCUGCUAGAUUCAAUUGUCCCCAAAGACCAGAUCCAUAUGGAGAGUGAGCCUAUUCCAGAAAACACAAGUAAACAUGGUGACUUUCUCCCAAAGGGAUUUCAGAGGGUCUCUGUUGCCUGCCCCAAUGAUAUGGAUGCUAAGAUUCCACACUAUGAAGCUGGCCUGGAUGGAAUCCGAGCACAGGCCCUGAAGGUGCCCUCUGUAGAUCAGGAGGAUGGCGCACACCCCGAGUCCCUGGAUGUGCUUGCCUCUCAGUCCAACUCAGCCUCAAGAGUCACGGACACAGGCAAUCAACUUAAGCAUCAGCUUGGGAUGAGCCACCCCCAUGACAAAGUGCCUGGGACUGUCAGCUACAGAACAGAUAUAUCAACUGUAAAUUCAUGCCCUGACAAAUGUUCUGAGCAGGAAAAUAUCGCUUCAGGUAUUUCAGCCAAAAGUGCCUCUGAUUACAGCGGAGCAGAGGAGACUCCAGGAAGUGUGGAUGAGGCGUCAUUUAAAGAAUCAUCGCCAAGUGAUGACUCUCUGAUCUCACCACUCAGUGAAGACUCUCAGGCUGAAGCUGAUGGCGUGUUCGUUUCUCCCAAUAAACCUCGAACCACUGAGGAUUUAUUUGCAGUCAUUCAUAGGUCCAAGAGGAAAGUCCUGGGUAGAAAAGAUUCUGGCGAUAUGUCUGUGCGCAGCAAAGCUAGAGCUUCUCUUGGCAGCAGCGGCGGCGGCGGCGGCGGCGGCAGCGGCAGCGGCAGCAGCGGCGGCGGCGGCGGCAGCAGCAGCAGCAGCAGCAGCAGCAGCAGCAGCAGCAGCAAUGCUGCCUCGGUGACGUCACCCAGCGGCACUGUGACGGCCCCAAACAGCCAGAGGUCCCCAGGCCUCAUCUACCGAAAUGCCAAAAAGUCCAACACGUCCAACGAAGAGUUUAAGCUGCUGCUGCUCAAGAAAGGCAGCCGCUCUGAUUCCAGCUACCGCAUGUCGGCGACCGAGAUCCUCAAGAGUCCCAUCCUGCCCAAGGCACCAGGCGAACUCCUAGCUGAGUCCUCCCAAGGCACCCAGGAGGGGCCCCAGCCCGGGGCUGCUGGCUCCGAGGCACUAUCCCCACGCUCUCCAUGCACCCCACGGGUUAACGCAGAAGGGUUUUCUACCAAGAACUUUGGCACCUCGGCGGCGGCCAGGGUUGGCCGGUCCAGGGUGCCCCCUGUGGCGAGCAGCAGCCGCUACAGUGUCCGCUGUCGCCUGUAUAAUGCCCCCAUGCAGGCCAUCUCCGAGGGAGAGACAGAAAACUCGGAUGGCAGCCCCCACGAUGACCGGUCCUCCCAGAGUUCCACUUAGAGGGGACCCCUCCAGGCCCACUGGCCAAGGUCAAACCCUUAGUCCUGGGAGAUGGGGAACAGGAUCAGGGGGCUGGGGAACUAUCCGAUGGUACCUUUGUGGGGGUACACUCAUUGGAUUUUAUCUGAAUUCCAAUAAAUCGUUGGAAUAUACUUGUGGGGACACAGAAA